GCCUGCUCCUCGCUCCCCCGCCGGAUGCUGCCUGGGCUGUUUUGGCUGCUUUUCUUCGCCGGCGAUGAGGGCUCUGCCUUGAAGAUGGAGAUGAUCUGUUUUUUAUUCCUGUCUCUGGUGCCGGUGUACAGCAGAGGACAAGGGGUUUACGCUCCUGCUCAGGCCCAAAUCAUCCAUGCUGGGCAGGCGUGCGUGGUGAAGGAAGACAACAUCAGUGAACGUGUUUACACAAUUCGGGAGGGGGAUACGCUGGUCCUGCAGUGUCUGGUCACAGGACACCCCCGGCCACAGGUGAGAUGGACCAAAACUGCUGGCAGCGCGUCGGACAAAUUCCAAGAGACGUCAGUGCUUAACGAGACCCUUCGGAUUGAGAAGAUCCAAAGGCUGCAGGGGGGACGCUAUUACUGUAAAGCAGAAAAUGGGGUUGGGGUCCCUGCCAUCAAGUCCAUUCGAGUAGAUGUGCAGUAUCUCGAUGAACCUGUUCUCACCGUUCACCAGACCAUCAGCGAUGUACGUGGCAGCUUCUACCAAGAGAAGACUGUCUUCCUCCGCUGCACUGUCAACUCCAACCCACCAGCUCGCUUCAUCUGGAAACGGGGAGCUGAGACGCUUUCCCACAGUCAGGACAAUGGUGUUGACAUCUAUGAACCCCUCUAUACACAGGGUGAAACCAAAGUCCUGAAGCUGAAAAACCUGCGUCCCCAGGAUUAUGCCAGCUACACGUGCCAGGUGUCCGUCCGCAACGUCUGCAGCAUCCCUGACAAAUCCAUCACCUUCCAGCUCACAAACACCACAGCCCCACCUGCUCUGAAGCUGUCUGUCAAUGAGACGCUGGUAGUCAACCCUGGUGACAACAUCACUAUGCAAUGCUCUCUGACGGGCGGCGACCCACAGCCAGAGGUGGUUUGGUCUCACUCUCCUGGCCCAAUGCCUCCUAAUAGCCUUGUGCAAGGAGGCAACCUCACCAUCUGGAGGAUUCACGUGGAGGACUCAGGCUACUACAAUUGCACGGCCAUCAACAAUGUGGGGAACCCAGCAAAGAAGACGGUGAACCUGCUGGUGCGGUCCAUGAAGAAUGCCACAUUCCAAAUCACCCCUGAUGUGAUCAAAGAGAGUGAGACCAUCCAGUUAGGGCAGGACUUGAAGCUGUCAUGCCAUGUAGAUGCUGUCCCUCAGGAGAAGGUUGUCUAUUCCUGGUACAAGAAUGGGAAACCAGCCAGGUUCUCAGACCGGUUGCUCAUCACCCGGAAUGACCCCGAGCUCCCACCUGUGACCUGCAGCUUGGAGAUUAUUGACCUGAGAUUCAGUGACUACGGCACCUACCUGUGUGUGGCUACUUUCCAGGGAGCACCCAUUCCUGACCUCAGUGUGGAGGUUAACAUCUCCUCAGAGACAGUGCCACCAACCAUCAGUGUCCCUAAGGGUCAGUCCACCAUCACCGUCCGGGAGGGCUCCAGGGCUGAGCUGCAGUGCGAGGUUCGAGGGAAGCCCAAACCACCCAUCAUCUGGUCCCGGGUAGAUAAGGAAACCCCCAUGCCUUCCGGGACAAUGACGAUGGAGACAUAUGAUGGGAAGCUGCGCCUGGAGAGCGUGACCCGAGAAAUGAGUGGGACCUAUAAGUGUCAGACAGCCAGAUACAAUGGCUUUAACAUCAGACCCCGGGAAGCCCUGGUGCAGCUCAACGUGCAGUUCCCCCCUGUGGUGGAGCCGGCUUUCCAGGACGUGCGCCAGGGCGUGGGGCGCAGCGUCACCCUGCGCUGCACCAUGCUGAAGGGCAGCCCUAUGAAGGUGGCCACCUCCGUCUGGCGCUUCAACGGGACCCUUCUGGCGCAGCCCCUGUCAGAGCAGCAGGACUACUCGGAGCUGAAGGUGGACAGCGUCAGCCAGGAGACCAGCGGUAGCUACGAGUGCAGCAUUUCCAACGAUGUGGGGGUCUCCACCUGCCUCUUCCAGGUGUCUGCAAAAGCUUACAGCCCAGAGUUUUACUAUGACACUCCCAACCCCACCUUGAGCCAGAAGCAAUCCAAGAAUUACUCUUACGUCUUACAGUGGACACAGAAGGAGCCCGAUGCUGUGGAUCCCAUCCUGAAGUAUCGCCUGGAAGUCCGUCAGCUGGCUCAGAGAAACACCAUCCAAACCUUCAUUCCUGUGCAGAAAAUGGAGAAAGGCCUGUUGCUGGAGCACAUCUUGCCCAACCUGAAAGUGCCUCAGAGCUAUGAAAUUCGCCUGACGCCCAUCACCAGCUUUGGGGCUGGAGAUAUGGCUGCCCGCAUCAUCCGGUACAUGGAACCAAUCAACUAUCCCAGCCCAACAGAUAACACCUGCCGCUUUGAGGACGAGAAGAUCUGCGGCUUCAUGCAGGACAAGAUGGACAACUUUGACUGGACCCGGCAGAACGCCCUGACACAGAACCCCAAGCGAACCGUCAACACGGGACCCCCCACGGACAUCAGCGGUACACCGGAGGGUUAUUACAUGUUCAUCGAGGCAUCCCGGCCCCGGGUGACAGGAGACAAAGCCCGGCUUAUCAGCCCCCUCUACAACAUUACUGCCAAGUAUUACUGUGUCUCCUUCUACUACCACAUGUACGGGAAGCACAUUGGCUCCUUGAACCUGCUAGUUCGUGUGCGGAACAAGCGAGCCAUCGACACCCAGGUCUGGUCACUCAGUGGGAACCGGGGGAACAUGUGGCAGCAAGCACAUGUGCCCAUCAACCCACCCGGACCCUUCCAGAUCAUCUUCGAAGGUGUCCGGGGCACGAGCUACGAGGGGGACAUUGCCAUUGAUGACGUCACUCUGAAAAAGGGGGACUGCCCAAGGAAGCCAAUUGGACCAAAUAAGGCGGUUGCUCUUCCAGGAAGCGGUGUCCCGGCCCUGCAUAGCCCUCGUCUUUGUGGCCCGUUGACUUUCUUCCUUUACGUGCUGCUCAGAUGAUGGCAAGUGAGCCCUCCUGUCUUCGGACCGAGACAUUCCUGCUCCUUCCCUACUCAGCCACCUCUGCUCCUCUUCCUCCCCUCCACUGGCACACCAAAGUGUCCAUAUGUUACCAAAGACUGACAGGCAUGACCACGCAAAGGGAUCUGGUUCAGAACUGGAGCACUCCUUGAGAAAGUCAUAAUGUCUAGAACAAAAUUUAAAAAUAAAGACAAAAAUUUUUUAAAAGCACGUGCACGAGAGAGAGAGUGAGAGAGACAGAGAGGAAGGAAGGAAAGAAACAGAAACACACAGAAAAGAAGGAAUGAAAGACAAAAAAUAGGAAUGAAGAAAUGUGAAGAGCAAAUGAAGGAGGAAAAAACCACCCCCAUGUUUCCUUAGGAAUGUCGGACAGGGCUUCCUCAGGGAAGUGGGAACUUGUUUUAAACAAACAAACAAAAAUAUAUUAAAGCACAAAUUUCUACCAGAACAGUUACCUUCUUUACUGCAGAGCCCACAGCUUAGUGGAUGACAUACCGCAGUACUCCCCUUGUCUCCCCAUGCUUUCCCGCUGGCUGGGGCUGCCCCACUCCAGCUGCAGCUCCCUGCAGUAAUGUCAUCCUCAACCAUGGGGCAGCAGCUGCGUGCCAGUGGCUGGAGCACCCUGCCUCGUGCCGCAUGUGCUUCAGUGUCUCCAUCCAUCCACAUCUUCCAGGCUCUCAUGUAUUUAAUUGCCCCCUGUGUGGUUUGCUUUGGCCUCUCCCCACCGCUCUGUGCUUCUCACCCACCGGCCUGAAGAAGAUGGAGCAGGAAUGGACCCAUCACAUGGACCACGCUGAGUGGUGGAGAAGUCCUGGCUGGAUCUGGCUGCAGCGUUGGCCUCUGAGCACCUCUUUCUCUCUCUCAGCACUCUUGCUGGGUGGAGAAACUAUGAGAGCAGAUCAACCACUGGAAAGCAAUGGAGCUAAUAUACUUCGUUUGAUGGGGAGUUAAGUAAUUUGGAAUGCCUGAGCACAACUCUUCCCAGCUGUAUGGGAGUGAAAAAACGUUUCAUCUGUAUGAAAAACGUUGUGUAGUGCACAAACGGUUUGGAAACUCCUGAAGUGAAGUGUUGUGAUUGGCAUGCAUGCAGAGCUGCCCCAGCAGAGCUGCACAGCGUGCUGCCUGAGGAGCAGCUGCAGCACCAGCGAUAUGGAGCCCUUCUUCUGAAAAGUAGCUUUCUUCUGGAAGGAAAUAGGGUGGCAAUCAGGGACAAAGUAGGGGGGGUGUCAGAUGUUCAGUCUGGUAAAUUUCUUGGAAAAAUAAUUUAUGGAUGUAUGAAUGAGUGUAGUAAACAUGAUACAAAUUGUAUUUUAUUCCCUAUUGCUAUUCAAAGUAUGGAAAUUUAAUUUCUUUCUAUACAAAAUCCUGUGGGUGCACUACUCCAGAACAACACAAAAAUGCUUUAGUACCAAAGGGAAAGCAGGGUCUGGAUUCCUCCUCCUCAGCCUGUCCCUAUCACUAUCUGCCAGGAAAAGCACCCUGCUUUUGGGUUGGUGCCCUGUGCUUCUCAGCCUGGGAGGGACAGUCACUGGGAGCUGCAGGCGGCGCUAGUGGGAGAAGCAUCCCUCCAUCGCACCAUCACUGCCCUGAGCCUUGUCUCCAGCGUGAAGUGGUCCCUGUGCAAGGCACUGGCAGGAGCAAGCCCUGCUCCCCCCUAGCUCUCAGCGAGGUGCUGGCAGGGAGUUUUACCUGUGGGAAUAGCCAGGGAGUCCUUCAUGCUGCCCUGAGGGACCCCACCUGGCCCAGGCAGUGACAGACAAAGGAGCCAGGGCAUUUUCCCUCCAAAAUGGGGUAAAUGGUGUCACCUCACCCCACUCAAAGAGACAAAAGCUGCCUUAAAGCAAAGAGCUGAGGGAGUUGCUGCUUCAGGGUAUUGCUGCUUUAGUCCUCUCCAUAUGUUGGAGCCAUGCAGAUAUCCAUCUUUCCCUGGAAAUGCUGCAGCACCCCUUUGCCUCCUGGAUGCUUUUAGAUGGCCUAGCAACAGCGUGGAGGGACACAUCACCGUGGGCUCUGUGCUUUAAGCUGGGUGCGGUAGGACACAGUACCACAGUGCCAAGUGAUGCCCGGCUUUUGCACCCAGGGAGCAGGACACUGCUUUUUAGUGAGGACAAGAAGUUGCAUUGUGAGUAUCCCCUGUGCAGAAGAGAGCCCUUCUCACGCUCCUGGCUUUGUCAGAGACCAGUUUUCGUCCCCUGCUCUUUCUCCAUUAAACUGCCCUGACAUCUUGUCUUUUCCAAGCUGCCCUCAAUGCGGGAGCAUCCCUGUUUGCAGAGGCAACAAGUGUACAGCAGCAGGACCCUGCGCAGGCUGCAGAAGCCAGGUGUUGCUGCCAUUUGUAUUUGCUUUGGCCCCACUGAUAACUGCUCAUCUCACUCAGCCUGGGAAAGCGUUUAAUGCAGACAAAAGGCAUUUGCAGAAAAACAAGUGCUGGAGAGCUCUGGAAAUUGCAUUUUAACAGGGCCCAAUUUACACUUCAUGGUAAUAACUGGCAGCUGGUGGUUUCCAGCAGGGAGCUGAAUAGCCAUGGUGUACUUGGCAUCCCAAAUGAUAGAUGUGGUAUGUAUGUGUUUUCCAGUACUCCCCUUGGGAGUAAGACACAUGCCGGUUUGGCUCACUGUCUGCCACCACCUAGCCCACCACAGGGGGACUCUGGGGUCUUCUGAUGGCUACUUACAGCCUAGUAUGGUCACAUCAAACCAGAGACAGCCACUUGUGCCCUGGAGGCCUUAAACAUCCCAAGGAAUACUGCAGGACAGCCCAGGGCCACAUACACCCAACCUGCUUUUCCAGAGGGUGAGGGGAUGCAGCUUGCAGGGAGCUGUAGUCUCUGGGACACCCAUGGAAAAGCAGUGCCAUCCCGCUCCAUUUUGGCUGAGGUGUGUACCUGACUUCUAGACCCUGGGUUGGGUAGAAGGUGACUCCUCUGCUCUCAGCGUUACAGCUGCUCAGGGCACAGGCUGACCCCAAACCAGCUAAGAGCAAGUGCAGCCCCACUUCCCUGUCUGCAUCGCAGCCUCUGCAGGCAGGCACCAACUGGUUUUCUUUUGGUGACUGUGAUAUAUAAUGCGGCGCUGAGAUGAAGCUGUGUCCAGGUGUUGCUUACACUGUGUAGGUCUAGCACUGGUAACGUGUUUAUCUUAGCAGCUUGUAAAGGGAUCAGAGCUGAAAACUGAGGUGUGGGCAUGUUGCAGCUGCCAGCAAUGCAGCAGGGAGGAGACAGGACUUGAAAGCCCCUUUUUUGAGGCAGCAGCAUCUCUGUCCAAUCCCCACUUUUCCCUUCUCCCACUGUCCACACUCCAAACCUGAGCACCCUCCAAGGUGGGGACAUUUGGUACAUCUUGUCUCACUGGGCCUUGUUCUUGAGAACCUGCUAUGGGUAUCAAUAAACAGAGCAACAGCCAGGAGAGGCUGUAGCAGCAUGGUCAGCUCAGACAGCACCUAAAUUGUGGUGAGAGGAGAAAAUCGAUUUAAUUCUCUCUUUGAAAUGCCACAAGCAUUGACUGGAGGCAGUAUUUAGGUCUUUUGUAUAGGCGGCAGCAUGUACCGCACAGAAGCUGAGCAGUGAGGGACUUGUCAGCACUGGAGGUUUCCCUGGGAAAAUUCAGAUGCCGAUGGGGGAAGGUGUUUAUAGACUGGGAACAAAGGAGCUUUCUUGUGCAUUUAUUUGGAUUUUUUUCUGGAGGCUCUGCUAUGUAACAUCCUGGGACAAGAAGACUCUCUCAGAGUUUGCUGGAGGUGGCCUUUUCCUCUCAUCAAACCUUGAUGUUUGUCCUUCUGUGCUGCCCAUUCCCAGCUUCUUAGUGCAUUGAUGUAACUGGUGACAUCAACGCUGGGUAAAGUGGCUUAGAGUCAGUGCUUUCAAAUAGAUGAGCUUGGCCUGUUUUCUCAGUUCUUGGCAUCUUCUAGAUUUACCAUCUUACAGCAUGCAUUCAUCUCAGGACAUUCCCCAAAAGCUGUGGAUGCUACAGAUACAUAGCUCUUCAUUGUGGUUUUGGUCACAGCCCUUGCCUGACAGCAUGGAGACAAUCUCUAAUCUCUAGAUGGGAUGGAAACUUUGGUGCCAGCAUGGUUUUGCUUGGGUCUUUUUUCCCAGCCACAACCAUCCUGCCUGUAUUGCAGUGCACAUAGUGGAGGAAAGGGGCUGUCACCCAAUAUACAACCGUCUCAUGGGGAAUCAACUGUGGCACCUCCUGCCUUUGGCCAGGAGUGUCAGACAGUGUUUCCCACACUCUUCCUCACUCCAUUCCCCUGCUCCGUACUUAUCCUCACCAAAUGUUUCAUUUCCAGCCUGGAGAGAUCAGCAGCAAACUUCAUCCCUGGAUCCCAUAGAAAGGGAUCACGCUAAAAUCCUGUCCUCAGCUUGCAAGGGGCAGGGAGAACCAGCUCAGGCCCAAUGGUGAGCCACUUCAGUGGGAUCCAGUGCCAGUGGGAGUAUGCCACCCUCAUGCUUUCAGGUUGCCAAGGCCAGUAGAAAGUAUACUUUGACUUGACAGAAGCAUUUAGAAACACCCCCCCAAAAGGAGCUACACACAGACUCUGUGUAUUUGGGGAUACUACAGAGGAUGGGGGCGGUCCUCUGGUGUCUCUUGUUUCUUUUCCUGUCGGUAUCCUGGGUGGGGACCCUGGGACAGAGCCACAUUCUCCACCCACUUCCCUCAUCACCACCAUGUCUUGUCCCAUCCCUGCUCCACAUCUUGUAGGGUGCCAUCACUGUCGUCAAGUGGAGCUGGGACACUCUCACCACCACAAUACCAAGCUGUCCACAAUGUUAAAAGCACAAACACAAAGGGACUGAACUGAACCUUUUAAACAGGGUGAGAUGUUUUAUAAGCGUUGACUUAUCCAACCCUCCCCCCCCAACCCUGACGCACCCAUCAUGUAACCUAUAGACUCUCAACGUGGAUUGUUUCAUUCAAAUAAAGCUGGAGUACUCAA